AUAAACAAUAAAUAAACAGAACAUUCCAAUUCCUACGUGGUGAAUGAUAAAUCUGGACUAAAAUUUUGAAUUUUUAUCCAAUUUAUGCCAAUUUUAACCUAUAAAACUUUCAAUUAGUGUUUGUGGAUGUGCUUCACAUUAUAUGGCAGCUCGUACUUCAUCCUUUUCUAUAUAAAAUGAAAAAGAUCACGAACGCGUCGUUUUUCAGAACACGUUAACAUGUCUAGUACGAUAAACAAUCCUACGCAAAUACAUCCAAACCUCGAUAAAGUGUUGAAACCAGGUCCUUUAGCAUCUGGACCUCCUCGGUAUCGUCCUCCUCCGCAACCACAGCCAGCAAAACCACCGCAAAACUACCUGUUAAUUCAGAAUGAAAAUCAAGGACCCGCUGUGAAUGCGAAUCAUUUCAAUCAUUUUCAGGCUAUAAAUGAAGUGAACAGGUAUCCACCUUCGGAUAAAUCGUAUCCAGCGAACAGUCCCGAUUUACCGCAUUUUCAAUCACCUCCUGGAGCACCGAUUCAACCUCAAAAUAACGUUCUUAACCAAGAUAUGUUGAAAUUCGUUAGAAAAAACGAACUCGAUAAUGCUCGAUAUUUGAACGAUCAAUUACGCAGAAUGGCCGCUGAAAUUCGUAACCUGAAGGAAGUCAAUCAACGAUUGAACGAUGAUAAUCAAGAGCUACGAGAUUUAUGUUGCUUUCUAGACGACGAUCGUCAAAAAGGUCGCAAAUUAGCUCGAGAAUGGCAGCGGUUCGGUAGAUAUACCGCUUCUGUAAUGAGACAAGAAGUUUCUGCGUAUCAAAACAAACUCAAAGAGUUGGAUAGCAGGCAGCACGAAUUGAUUAAGGAUAAUCUAGAAUUAAAGGAACUGUGUCUAUAUCUGGAUGAAGAGAGGAGUGGCAAUUGUAGAUCUUGUGGAGCAGGUUUGCGAAGAGACGAAGGAGAUGGAAGUAGUUCGGGUACCAACGUAGAUGAAUCUGGUAAUGCACCUGCAGCUCCGAACCAUUCCCAAAUAUCUUCAGGAAACCGCCGUUCUUUCAGCGAAGAAGAAUUAAACACCAGUAACUACAUUCAACAGUUGGAAUCUCGUAUUAAAUUAUUAGAAGAUGAAAAACAACUCUUACUGACUAAAAUCAAGCUUGGUAAUCAUUCAGGUUCAUUGAAUUCUGUCGACAGACAAUGGAAAGCAAACAUGGAUUACAAUUCCAGACCCGAAGCAGUUGUACAAGCUUUGCAAGUUUUAGAAGUCAGAGAACAACUGGAAACUAAUAUUGGUGGAGAUUCUGAUAUGAAUUCUGAUGAAAUGGACGAAGGAGAAAAAGCUUUGCUGAGAGAAAUGUGUAAUGUCGUUUGGAGAAAACUGGAAGAAGCAUCACUUGAGACCAGAAGAUGAUGGAUUAAUUAAUUUCUACAACGUUUCUGAGAAACAUUCGUGUAAAAACUUUUUUAUAAAGUGAAUUUAAUGAUUCGAUUUUGUAUUAGAUAUCAAAAAUUAGGUACUGUUGUUCCGUCCACCAAUUCCGCGAAAUUUUUUACUUGUUUUUGUUGAUGUUGUUUUUUCUUUUUAAUUAUUUUUAUUAUUGUUUAUGUAAAUGUUGGAGUAUUGUAAGAAAGUAUACGAUAGUGAAUGUCAGUUCUCGUUUCACGGAUUUACUUUUCCAAAAGUAAUCUUGGACACGUACCAGUUAUUUAUUAUUUUUAACAUUGCAAACCUCGGUCAUUGUCAUUUUCCACCUCCUUUAGUUAAAAUCAGUAUUAAUUAAUUAAUUUUGUUACUAUUUGUGAUGUGAAAGACGAGUAAUCGCGUUGUAUAAAUUAAUUAUUCUUUUAAUUUCAAAGUACCUACUUACUUUGUACGUUUUAACACAUUGCCAUUUUAAUUUUAAUGUACAGCAGUAUUUAUUAUUAGUAUUAUUACUUUGAAUUUUUGGCGCUGUGCGCGUAUUAUUUUGAUAAGGAAAUUCAACUUGCCUUUAUCUUGCAUUUAUUCUUAUUCGGUUUAAAAAUUCCGUUCGGAUUCUGUUCGAAAUACCACCUAUUAAAUUAUACGUUGAUUUCGUAGAUUGCGAGUGGAUAUCUCUUGCAUGUGCGAAUGAAAAAUCAAUCGAGUUAACUUGGUUAAUUUUUUGGAUUUUUCAAGCAUAAAAAUGAGUUUUCUACUGAUGUGAUUUUCUUUACAAUUUCUGUGAUUUUUACACGAACUCGAUAUCAUGUAAUUCAUUCCAAUUUGUGAACGUGCCUUUUUAUUAAUUUUUUUAAUUCAUGUUGUUUGUUUUUUCAGUUACGAUGUGUUUCUGUUUUAAAUAAAACGAAAAAAAUUAAAGUACAUUUACAACAUUACAA